GGCGCCGGCGGCCGCAGUGGGAGUGGGGAGCGGACGGAGCGGGAGCGGACGGUGCGGGACGGGAGCGGACGGUGCGGGACGGGAGAUGCUGCCCGGCAAGUAUCGGGCGAGGCUGCUCGGAAACCCGGUUGGUGCUAUUAAUACUUGCAGUCUUCAGUUAACUGUGCAGGCUUCAGCUGUCGGAGAUCGUUUAUCUCAGAAGCAGCAGCUUGAUUAUAGAGCAAAUAAGGAUCUCCUUCCUUCACAUAAACUUUUGAAUGUGGAUGGAGACAAGAAUUUCCAUGGAAAACCAGAAAUAACCUGUCAUGAUGAUCCACUCCGCCACUACUCAGAACUGUCAUUGAAGGAAACAGCUGGGGACAUGCCAUCACAAAGUCCCAGUUUACUAAAAUCUCGACAGGGCUCUCAAAGUGCUGUGCCUUUCCAUUCUCAUGGUCACGGAACCUUGCCGUACUUACCAGGUGACAAUGUCAUUUUCUCUGAGCUUCCUUCAACACCUGGAAUACCAGUUGUAUACCGCACACCCGAACAGCGGGCGGAAUAUGCAGACAGACUGAAUCUGGACAGGCGAAAUCUAACCGUCUGUCCAAUACUGGAGGGUGAGCAACAACUUCGCUUGUUGAAUUUCCAGCACAACCUCAUCACGCAGAUACAGCACGUUUCCAACCUGCGCCGCCUUAUCUUCUUGGACUUGUACAACAAUCAGAUUGAGGAAAUCUCGGGUCUUUCUUCUCUGAGGUCACUCCGUGUGCUUAUGCUGGGCAAGAACAGGAUCAAGAAUAUCUCCAAUCUGGAGAAUCUGACUGAUCUCGAUGUACUGGAUCUUCAUGCAAACCAGAUUUCGAGGAUAGAGAACAUUAACCAUCUGACUGAACUCCGAGUGCUAAAUCUUGCAGGGAACCUCAUUGUUCAUGCUGAAAAUAUGAAUGGUCUUGACUCACUAACAGAACUCAAUCUCCGACGUAAUCACAUAGAAUCUGUGAGAGAUGCAGACUCUUUACCUUGUCUCCAAAGAUUUUUCCUCAGCUUUAACAACAUAUCCAGAUUUGAGAACAUUGCUUGCCUGGCAGACUCUGUAUCACUCUCGGAGGUCACCCUGGAUGGCAAUCCCAUAGCUCAGGAGUCAUGGUACAAGCAAACACUUCUCCGACACAUGGUGCAGCUCCGACAGUUGGACAUGAAGAAAAUAACAGAAGAGGAGAGGAGAAUGGCAUCGGUCAUGGCCAGGAAAGAGGACGACAAGAAACGUGAAAUCCACAAGCAGGCAAUCUUGAAGGAGAAGCGACGCUUGGCUAUUAGUAACGCUGCCAGACAGUGGGAGAUGCAGCAAACGUUCACAACAGACAAGGAGGCACAGCAAGCAUACUCUCUCUGCACAGUCAGUAACAACAGUAUUCACAAGCCCUGCCACCUCACCCAGUCUGAGCAGGAACUGUGGCCCCGAGAAUCAAGCCUGCAGAGUCCUAAAAGCAGCAGUAGGAAGGAAAGAGCAGAGAGCAACAAGCAAGAACUGCAGUCACUUUCACCUCAUCUCUUUUGUCUCUGGUGUGUCAUGUCAGGACUGUCCAUUGCAGAGUCUCACCUGGCGGAGCUGGAGAGAGAUACACUGCACUUGUACGGGCUAGGUGCCCUGGAAUCCCUGGAGCGCAGCUGGGGGGUGCAAUCCGCAGCUGCCGUCACCACCGUCUCCUUUUCAUGUUAA